CUCAUGAACAAUUAACAAAACCUUGACAAUAUCUUAGAUGGAAGAAGAAACCAGGGAAUUGCGGCGUCACUUCCCGAAAAGCGGUUUUGAUUCGGCCGCUGGAGUUUACCAUUCACUCGUGCAACUCGGUGACGAAUACAAAAUUCCCACAAGGAACGAUCUUGACACCGCUACAUUUGUGUUGUCGCAAUUCCCGCAUCCGGAUCUUGCCGAGUCACGAGUUGCACUCAUUGACACAGCCACGAACCAGCAAGUUACCUACGGAGAACUCAGGCGUUCCAUUCGUGCACUCGCUUCAGGGCUUUACCACGCGCUUGGAGUUCGAAAAGGUGACGUUGUGUUUCUUUUAUCGCCAAACUCGGUCUUGUUCCCGACGAUAUGUUUGGCGAUAUUUUCAGUCGGAGCGAUUCUUUCACCUGCCAAUCCGAUAAACACCGAGUCCGAAAUUGUUAAACAAGUGCGCGACUCAGGCGCAAAACUUAUUAUCUCAGCCCCUGAAGAGUUACACAAGUUGAAACAAGUUAACGUGUUAACGAUUAUCACUUCCCAGGGUAAUCAAUCAAAGAACGACUCGGUGUCGGUUGAAGAACUGAUAAAUUGUUGUGACCCGGCCGAGUUAAUGAAGGCCGACUUGACUCAGUGGGACACGGCGGCCAUACUUUACUCAUCAGGCACUACGGGGACGAGCAAAGGAGUUAUAUUAACUCAUUCAAACUUUAUAUCAAUGUUAGUGCUCUUGAGAUGGUGCUGCAACGUAUCCCAGUCCCAAAACGACGUCUUUUUGUGCUUUCUUCCGAUGUUCCACAUCUAUGGGCUGGCGUUUUUCGGUUUGGGGUUGUUUUGUAUAGGCGUUACGGUGGUCGUCAUGCAGAAGUUUGACUUUCAAGCCAUGCUGGAUGCAAUUAAAGUCCAUAAAGUCAACAACCUUCCGGCGGUGCCGCCGGUUGUAUUGGGUUUAGUGAAACACUGCAAACCCGGGAGCGAUUUGUCAUCGUUAAAGAGAGUCGGCACGGGGGCGGCGCCUUUGAGUAAAGAACUGAGUGACGAGUUCAGGAAAAAGUUUCCGUGGGUGGAGCUCCGACAGGGCUAUGGGUUAACCGAGAGUUGCGGAGCGACGAGCUUUUUUGCAGGCGAUGAGGAUGCGAAAGCACGGGCAGGGUCGUGUGGGGCGUUGCUGCCGAGUUUUUGCGGGAAGAUUGUGGACGUUGAGACGGGAGAGGGGUUGGGGCCUUUUAGGAGGGGGGAGAUUUGGAUUAAGAGUCCGACGAUUAUGCAGGGUUACUUGGGGAACACGGAAGCGACGAGGCAGACGAUUCGAGAAGACGGAUGGCUGAGGACCGGUGAUCUUGGCUAUUUUGAUGAAGAUGGAUUUCUUUAUGUUGUUGAUAGGAUUAAGGAACUUAUCAAACAUAAUGGAUAUCAGGUGGCUCCAGCUGAACUGGAAGCACUACUUCUGAGUCAUCCAAAUAUACUUGAUGCAGCUGUGAUACCGGUUGAAGAUGAAGAAGCAGGACAGAUACCAAUGGCAUAUGUGGUGAGAGCAGCUGGUUCUCAGCUUACUGAAGACCAAGUCAUUCAAUUUGUGGCCGCCCAGGUGGCUCCUUACAAGAAAGUAAGAAGAGUGGCUUUUAUAAGUGCUAUCCCAAAAUCAGCUGCAGGCAAAGUCUUGAGGAAGCAGUUGGUUUCACUAAGUCAACAGCAUGUUGCCGCGAAGCUUUAGUUCAUUUUAUUCUCCCUUUUGUAGCUCGAAAUAAAGUGCGCUCGGCGUUGUCACCGCUGACAAAGAGCUGUUAAAGAAAGAACUGGUAUAACUGAUAUACCGCUAGAAUACGUAAAGAUUUAGAACCUACUUGUGAAAUGGUCCAUUUUCAGCUGAAACGCAGUCAAUCUCUAAGCUAUUUGAAUAUCAAAAGUCGGAGGAUUUUUAAUUU